CUCAUGAAGAACUGCAGUGAGAGGAGGACAUCAUAUCGGCGCUAACCAAGUAGGGGGGAAAGUUUAUUCCAAUUUUCAAACUGUUUUUGUUGAAAAGAAAAAAGAAACAAACUCCGAGGAGCAGCAGCCGUUUUUGACUGCCUUUCUUUAGCGACUUGUUUUUUUUUUUGUUGUUGCCCCGCUUCAAAGUUAGCGCUCGUGAUGCUAGCAAACCGAGGGUUUCCACAGGAUUUUAAGGCUGACUUUUGAAGGAUUAUUUCAAGUCCGUGAAGCGAAGAGGAAUUUCUUAAAAGCGGGGAGCUGAAGUCUGCAUGUAGCGAAGGAUAAAUCAAAGACGGACAACUUCGGGAAUGGGCCAGCGCCUUGCCUGGGUGCAUUUCUCCGCCCGGUGGUGUGGCUGGCAUCGCGCGAGAGUGAGGCGGGCAGCAGCCAGGUCGUAGAGCCCGUCCCCUCCCCUCGCGUGCUCUCAAGUGACUUUUGACCUUUUGACUCAGCCGUGACCCCCCACCUCCCUCCACCCCCUCCGCUUUGAUCAGCCAUGCCCUUCGGGCUGAAGCUGCGGAGGACCCGUCGCUACAACGUCCUGAGCAAGAACUCCUUUGUGACCCGGAUCCGCCAGCUGGACACCAACGUGAUCGAAUGCACCCUGUCUGUGGAGAGCACGGGACAGGAGUGUUUGGAGAUGGUGGCCCAGAGGCUGGAGCUCCGGGAGACUCAUUACUUUGGGCUGUGGUUCCAAGGGAAGAACCAGACCCCGGCCCAGCGCUGGGUAGAGCUCGAGAAACCCCUCAAGAAGCAGCUGGACAAGUUUGGCAAUGAGCCGCUGCUCUUUUUUGGCGUCAUGUUCUACGUUCCCAAUGUUUCCCGCCUGGAGCAAGAAGCCACCAGGUAUCAGUAUUACCUGCAGGUGAAGAAGGAGGUGCUGGAUGGACGCCUCCCAUGCACCGUGGAGCGGGGCAUCAGGCUAGCUGGUCUAGCUGUACAAGCCGAYUUUGGAGACUUUACUGACUUCCCAUCUCAGGACUUCCUCAGGGAGUACGCGCUCUUCCCAGUGAACUGGCCUAAUGGAGACGAGGUGCAGGAGGACUGGACCAAGAGAGUCGCUGAGGAGCACAAAAGUCACUGUGGAAUGCAGCCCGCUGAGGCAGAACUGCUGUACAUCAAGGAGGUGGAAAAACUCGACAGCUUUGGCCAGGAGAGCUUUCUAGCUAAGGACAACUACACAAAUGAUAUUUUCAUCGGUGUCUCAUUCAUCGGGCUGUUUGUCAAACACAGAAAUGGCAGAUCCAUUAUGCUCCACAAGUGGAAGGACAUCGGCACCAUAGCACACAACAAGUCAGCCAUCACAGUGGAGAUAACGAGCCGAGACGACACCAUCAAUUUUCACAUGGAGGAUAUGGAAAUGGCCAAGUACAUCGCUCGACUUUUCACGGCCAGACACAAAUUCUACAAACAGAACAAAAUCUGCAUAGAGCCCACUCACUCGCCUGCACCAAUUAGGAGGAGACCCACCUGGAACCAUCGCCUGUCUCUGCCCCGGCCCCGGUCCUGUAACUUCCAGUCAGUGCAUGAGCAUUACCAGGACUUGCAAAGCUCUCAAGACAGCAUCUUCCAUGAAGACCCUUACUACAAAUCAGAAAGCAGUCUGGAUCGAUGUCCGGGGGACUUUCCUUUCCGAAACGGUACAGUGACCAACGGAAGCAUGUACAGCAGCCCCAGCCUGAGCUCCCUCAAUCGUUCCCAGACUUUUGUUGCACCUUCACCCAUGUCCUCCAACCUCAGCAUCCCUGGCAGCGAGCUCAUGCGUCCGGACUACAUCCCCAGCCACCGCCACAGUGCCAUCAUUGCUCCGUCGUACCGGCCCACGCCCGAGUACGACGCCGUCAUGCGGCAGAAGAGGCGCAUGGUCCCCGCCCACCAUGACCUCCACAGCCAGUCGAUGCGCAGCUUGAACAUUAGUAACGCCUGUGCGUAUCGGAAGCCGGAGGCUCUAGUGUAUAGCCAGCCAGAAAUCAGGGAGAGGGGACCUUAUCAUGGCCUUGGCCCCAGUCCUGGACCUUACACACCACAGAUUAGUUACAGUAAGCCAGUGUCUCAUGGCCCACAUACAGGCGGACCAGUCAGCGGCCAGGGUCCCUGUCACUCACCCUGUGUUAAUGGAGGAAACRGCAGCGAAGGUGUUGGAAGCUCCAUCUCUCACACUGUCAGCACGCCUGAGCUGGCAAACACCAAACAGCAAGGAACCAACAUGGGAACUUACGCAGCUACGGCCAAUAUGUUAAGAAACCACAUGUCCCGUCCUCCUCCACCUUACCCCUCCAACUCCUUCCGCCCAGCUACGAGCACGCCGGACCUCGCCAGCCACCGUCUUCGCUGCAUCGGGGGCAGCAGUCCUGAGCUGGUCACCCGUAUGGUGCAGCUGUCCGUCAAGACCUUCCAGCCGGACAGCUCGGCGGUAGUCCACCAAUCCCUGCAGGAAGUUAGUGAGCCGUUAACUGCAGCCUUGAAGCAUCGGUCCACUCUGAACAAGAGACAUAGCAUGGAAGUCAUCAGCAGCAUGAGGGGCGGAGGWGGUGGGAUGGAAGGGCUGGCGAUAAAGAGCAUGAACGGCCCCCUUCUYAGGAGGAACACUCUUAGAGAACACGUGAUGCCAUCUUCUCAGCCGCAGCCUCCACCCCAGCAGCCCAAGGAGCUGCCCGUACAGAAACCCACCCAGAAUGCACCUGAGGCUUCUGUAGCGCCACCGAAAGCAGUGGCCUACCAGCACCAAAAGACUCUUUCCAAUGCUACCAUGCUAAUACACAGCAGUGAGAGCGAAGAGGAGGAGGAAGAGGAGAGGCCUGAACUGGACGUUCAGAUCCCAGGCCUCAACGAGAACAUCAGCAUCAGUGCUCAGCUUCAGGCUGCGCUGGCUAAACUGCCCAACAAACCCCCUCCAGAGUACCCCGGCCCUCCGAGACCUCCCGCCAACGCUCCGAUCCGCUCUCACAAUCACGCCCCCGCCCAGCGUCACAACCACAACCCAGGACCACACUGCAGCUAUGAACCAACGGACCUAGAUCAAGGCCUUGACAGUGGUCAGAGCCAGGGCGUUGGUGGAGGGGGCGCAGGUGGAACGCUGACCCGAGGGGACCAGAGCGCGGUUAACGGAGCCGUUUUAGGUCCAUCCAUUUCAGAACCAGACUUGACUAUUGUGAAGGAGAGGGUGAGGAAGGAGCCGGUGAGGGAGAGGCCGGUGUCAGAGAUGUUCUCCUUGCAAGACAGUAUCGUGGAGAGGGAGUUUGCUCAGAGGACGCUGGAAAGACAAAAGAUGUCUGUGGACUCCAUGAACAGACCGCUGAUGAUGGCCGCGCUCAACGGCCUCUACGUGGCCCGAAUGCCCGCCGUCAAGAAUCCAGAGGAGGACGGUGCCAAAUCAGCUGCAGACGAAAAGUUCACGACGUUGGAGCUGAAGCUGGAGGAGGAGCGSGUCUUCACAGAGUACGAGCAGGUGCCCAAGAAGAGGGCCAACUGCGUGGUCACGACAGCAACACUGCCUGAAAACAUGGAGCGCAACCGUUUCCGCGACGUCGUCCCGUACGAGGAGAAUCGAGUCGAGCUCGUGCCGAACAAAGAGAACAACACGGGUUACAUCAACGCCUCUCAUAUCCAGGUUAUGAUCAGAGGGGAGGAGUGGCACUACAUCGCCACACAAGGCCCACUUGCCAACACCUGUGCCGACUUCUGGCAGAUGAUCUGGGAGCAGGGGGUCAACGUCAUCGCCAUGGUCACUGCAGAGGAGGAAGGCGGCAGGUCCAAGAGYCACCGCUACUGGCCCAAACUGGGCUCCAAACACAACUCGGCCACCCACGGCAAGUUCAAGGUCACYACCAAGUUUCGCACGGAGUACAACUACUACGCCACCACGGGGUUAAAGGUCAAACACCUGCUGUCUGGCCAGGAGAGAACAGUUUGGCACCUGCAGUACACCGACUGGCCCGAGCAGGGCUGUCCUGAAUACGUUCCCGGGUUCCUCGCCUUCUUGGAGGGAAUCCAGUCUGUGAGGAGACACACGAACUCCAUGCUGGAUACCUCGAAGAGCCUGAACCCACCGGUGGUGGUGCACUGCAGUGCCGGUGUGGGUCGGACCGGUGUGGUGAUCCUGACUGAGCUCAUGAUCAGCUGCCUGGAGCACAACGAGCCAGUGGAGGUUCCCACCAUGUUAUCAGAGCUGAGGCAGCAGAGGAUGCUGAUGGUGCAGACCAUCUCCCAGUACAAGUUCGUCUACCAGGUCCUCAUCCAGUUCCUCAAGAACUCCCGGCUCAUUUGAGACGGAGGCUGUGGAAUAACGAUGACAACGGUACUACGAGUUACAAAAGUCAACAAGAGAUCAUGUGAGCUUCCUUCCUGUCCUCAAAGGAGGAAAUAAUCUAAGCUUUUAUAGAAAUCAAACAUUUCUUAUAAUCAGUGUUGAAUUAGCUCUUUAUUUCCAUUUAAACCUGGUCCUUUUUUUUAUAAAACAUGCGUCAGUGCGUCGUCUCCAUGUAGGUCAGGUAAACAAACAACUUGUCUUGGCUGAAGGUUCUUGACGAACAUCUUGAGAGGAAAUCAGACGUCAGUUUGAGAGACUGUUACGUCUGUAUUUUUAGCCAGUAUUAGCGUUACGCUGUGUGAACAGUAGGGGGCAGCAGUGUCACUACUACACUCAACCUUCUCAUUCUGAGUUUGCCAAACAAAAGUAUUUUUCUAAUCUGAGUAUUGAUUCGUUACAGCGAGUACCGACUUCAGCAUUGUAACUAAAUGUUUUUUUUAUUUAUUCCUCUAAAGACUGUGGUCACCUUCAUCUUGCUGUUGGAAAACACAGCAGUCUCCUGAAAUCGUCUUAAUUUUGAUUCCAUUUUAUUUUUUAAAACUUUUUAGAUUCUUCCUAUUAUGUUUUUGCGAGUUAAAACAUUUAUCACAAUCACGUUUGUUACCCUAACGUCCAAACGUUAAAGUCAUUAAAUUGGAAAUAAUUUAUAUUGAUUAUACAAUUAAUACUGUAUAUAUCUAAUGUAUUCUGUGCCUUACUGAAAUUACAAAAAUAAUUUUUUUUAUUUGGAUCUGGUCGCUUUGAUGCCUCUAAAAAUCAUUUAUUUGCUCUAGUUUAUUAUAAGAACAAUUCUCAAUUUUAACCCAACUUGAAAAAAAAAAACAACUAAACUAAAAUACAAUCCUUUACUUUGAAAGACAAUUUUUUUUUAUUUAAAAUACAUUUUGUGUUCUAUGUUACAAUAAAUCUACUUUACUGAAUUUUACUACAAUACUGUUGUAAAUACUAGGCAUGUGUUUAUUUUUUUGACUUGGUACUCUUAAAAUACCGAAAUAUAAACUAUGCAUGCUUUUUUUUUACGUUUCUAUGUAUAUAUUAAAGCAUAUGUUCUUAAAUAAGUGUAAGCUUUAGAUUAUUUUCACAUACAGUGAUUUUUUUUCUUGUUGCACUUCCCUUGUUUUUGUCAGUAUUUUCCUCACAUAGCAUUCCGCUGUUUCUUUUUAUAUUUAAGUUUCUGUUCUUUUCCUGGUCAACCUUUCCGAUACGCUUCAUUCUGAUGUGUACAUAUGUUUUGUAUAUUCUAUUCURCGUGUUACCGUUUGUUUUCUUUUCUCAGACACGUUGUGCUUGCUUGUUAUGCAAAAAUAAAGCCUUAUUUUCUUUAAGA